GGUGAUCUUAAACCCCUUUCCUAGUUAGUUUUCAUCCAGUUCAGUGAUCCGAGCUGGCUUAUAAGGGGUCAAGUGUGUGCACGCGGAUGGUGGGAGGAGAAUGUCUUUGACAGUAAGUUAUAUUGGGCUUGAACUCUCUCUGGAAGUGUUACCAGCAGUCACACUGCAGCUGUUUGCAAGCCUUUACUGUAAACUGAGUCAGUGGGGAGAACUGCUGCUGUGCCCAGUUUGCAGUGUGGCUGUAGAUCUGCCUGCAUGCUGAGAGUACAAGGAACUGCAGUGCGGAUCUGGAAACAAACAGAGAGGAAACAAGGGCGGAAACUUCUUAAACCAGCUUUGAGAGCUGAGCUUGGCUGGAGAACUACACCCUCUGUGUUAAAGGAGAAAGCUAUGUAGGUCUUCUCAAGUUCUUGAAGUUGGAUGUUUGGUUGCUAACCGGCUUGAAACUUGUGCUCCGUCUUGCAGAAUCCUCCAACGGGAGACAUUCACAUACCCUGAAGUUCCCUACCUUAGAAGAAGGGGACCUGAUGUGCAAGAUUGGUACAAGAUGAUGAUGUAACAUAGCUCAUACUGAAGGUCUCCCGAGAAGAACUGGCUUUGUAAGGGACUUCUCCUUUAUUUUUUUUUUUUUUAACACAACUCCCCCUCUAUCUAGAAGCAAGAUGCCAGCCAAGACACCCAUCUACUUGAAAGCCGCUAACAAUAAGAAAGGGAAGAAAUUCAAACUAAGGGAUAUCUUGUCUCCUGAUAUGAUCAGUCCACCACUUGGAGAUUUUCGUCACACCAUACAUAUUGGAAAAGAGGGACAACAUGAUGUUUUUGGAGACAUCUCCUUUUUGCAGGGAAACUAUGAAUUAUUGCCUGGAAAUGAAGGAGAAACUAGAGUUAGCCAAUCUGGUGGCCACAGUGAAUUCUUAAGGGCAAACAGCACUUCUGAAUCCAUGUUCACAGAAACUCCAUCACCAGUGCUCAAAAAUGCUAUUUCCCUUCCUGCCAUUGGGGGUUCUCAAGCUCUUAUGUUACCUUUAUUGUCACCAGUGACGUUUAAUUCAAAGCAAGAAUCCGUCAGGUCAUCAAGAAACCCACGGCUUAGCUGUGAGCCAGUAAUUGAGGAGAAGUUGCAGGAGAAAAGUAAACAGACGGGGAAUGGAGAAACAUACAAAGAUGAUGUAUGGGAACAAAAUGGUUCUUCAUCGCAUUUUAUUAAUGGUAGAGACAGUAACUCAUCCAGCUUUUCUGAACGAUGCACUGAUUGGCAAACAGUUGAUUUGCUUGAAGAUAGCCGACUUCCAUGUGAACUAACCAAGACAAAGUCAGAAGAAUCCCUUUCAGAUCUUGCAGGCUCUCUUCUCUCAUUACAACUUGACUUGGGACCUUCACUUUUGGAUGAGGUCCUCAAUGUAAUGGACAAGAAUAAAUCUUAGAGCUGGUACUCCUUGCUUUCUUAUAAGUGAUUCACUUAAAUAAAAAUAAACAAAUGCAGUUCAAGAGAAGAGACACUUAAAAAUCAGCUGUAUUUGCAGCUGUUUGACGGGUUUUCUAAAAAUAUUCAUAAAGUACUAUUUUUUUACCUAUUGUUUUUCAUAAUUUUUAUGACACUAAAUUCUCAUAGCAAGAAGGUAAAUUUUAAUAACAGUUUUCAGCAAGUAUAAAAUGUUUUUAAGUACCAGUAUAAUGAUCAGAAACUUCAGAAACAGAAUUUGAGGAUGAUAUUGAUCGUGACAUUUGGUUAGUUCACUUCCAUGGGCUUCUGAACAUAUGAGACUCUGUAAGUGUCAGAAAGGAGAUUGGUAUUAACUAUUCACUGUUAUAAAUUAUUGCAACAUCACUUUACAUGUAGGCCUCUUUCAAAAACCUUGUGCUUGGAGUCUUGGUUGUGUUCUUCAUUUUUCCGUAGUAUCGUUUCUGUUAUACCUUCACAGUAACUAUUUCUGCAGUCUUAUACUGCUCUGUAUCCAGAUGUAAACAGUUGAAGGCUUUUUCAGCUUCAGAGUAUCAACUGUUCUGAGUAUGCACGAAUUUUCACAGUUUGAGGCUUUGGGCCUGAUGUUGUAUAUGAAAUGAUGUGUUGUAAACAGGUGACACAUGCAAAAUAUGAUGGUUAAAUUAUUUUAGAAGUUGAAAUAUAUUUUUGUGUGUAUCUUGGCUUUUUAUCGUGGAGCCUACACAUACAGUAUCUCAUCAAAAUAAUUGCUUGACAUUAUUGGUGCUCUUCUGAAAAUUGUAUAUUUGUGUGUUUGAAAACAAAUAUGUAUUGAUACUCCUUGCUUUUUUUCUUCAUUUAUUGCCACACAUGCUUAAACUUGCAACCAAAAACUUUGAUUUUUCAAGAAGGCACUGGUUAUUCACAAUGCUUGUGAUGUGUGCUGCAACAGGCAAUGUUUUGGGAAACGUGGAUCCUUUAAUACAGUAUCUACAUGGAUUGCAUAGAUAUCUUGUGCAAUACAAUAAAACAAAUUAAAUUACUA